CCCGCCCCCCGCCGUGACGUCAGCGCUGUCCGGCGGCGCCGCGCCGGGAGGAGUCGCCGCUGCUCCGCCGCGGGCCCGGGGCCGGGGCCGUCGGUGGGAGUGGGUGGCCCCACGGGGCACCAUGCCGCUGGGGCAGGAUGGGCCCAGCUGGAAGAAGAGGACCGAGGAUAUUCGGCGGAUCUACGACUUCCGAGAUGUCCUGGGCACGGGGGCCUUCUCCGAGGUGGUCCUAGCGGAGGAGAAGGCAACACGGAAGCUGGUGGCCAUCAAGUGCAUCGCCAAGAAGGCACUGGAGGGGAAGGAGACCAGCAUCGAGAACGAGAUCGCCGUCCUCCACAAGAUCAAGCACCCCAAUAUUGUGGCCUUGGAUGACAUCUACGAGAGUGGCACUCACCUCUACCUCAUCAUGCAGCUGGUCUCAGGGGGGGAACUCUUCGACCGCAUCGUGGAGAAGGGCUUCUACACCGAGCGGGACGCCAGUGCCCUGAUCCGGCAGAUCCUCGAUGCCGUCAAGUACCUGCAUGACAUGGGCAUCGUCCACCGCGACCUGAAGCCCGAGAACCUGCUCUAUUACAGCAUGGACGAGGACUCCAAGAUCAUGAUCAGCGACUUUGGGCUGUCGAAGAUCGAGGGCUGCGGCAGUGUCAUGUCCACGGCCUGUGGCACCCCCGGCUAUGUGGCCCCUGAGGUGCUGGCACAGAAGCCUUACAGCAAGGCAGUGGAUUGCUGGUCCAUUGGGGUCAUCGCCUACAUUCUGCUCUGCGGUUACCCCCCUUUCUAUGAUGAGAACGAUGCCAAGCUCUUUGAGCAGAUCCUGCGGGCCGAGUAUGAGUUUGACUCACCUUACUGGGAUGACAUCUCGGACUCGGCCAAGGACUUCAUCCAACACCUGAUGGAGAAGGACCCCAGCAAGCGCUUCACCUGCGAGCAAGCACUGCAGCAUCCCUGGAUCGCUGGGGACACGGCCCUGGACAAGAACAUCCACCAGUCAGUGAGCGAGCAGAUCAAGAAGAACUUUGCAAAGAGCAAGUGGAAGCAAGCUUUCAACGCCACGGCAGUGGUGAGACACAUGAGGAAGCUGCAGUUGGGAACCAGCCAGGACGUCCCUGGACAGACAACUCCCACCAGCCCCGGCGAGCGGCUGGUAGGGGGGACCAGCAAUGGGUCAGACUGUGGGCGCCCACCCACAAGCAGAGGUCAGCGUCUCCCUCCAGACUGAGCACGGCCCCACAUAGCCACAUCCAGGGGGGACCGGGGGGCCCAGCCCUCCCAUGGGCACCAUGUGGGGUGGGGGGCCCUGCAGUGCAGGAGCAGGGGGGACAGUGUGAGGGCACCCUGCUGUGCUUGCUCUGGGUUUGUGGGGCUGCCCUCAUUGCAGGCUCACAGCAGAGAUCUGCAUCGGGGCAGGGGCACCCCACGGAGCACCCCCAGCUUGGGGCUGUGUCGCAGGCCCCUUCCCACAUCCAUUCCCUCCCUCCGUCCACGCCUGGCCUGGCACUGUCCCACACCCCCACCCCCAGCAUGUUCAAGGAGAAUUUUCCAAAUGGAUGUUUCUAUUUUAUUGCUUGUAAUAAAGGCAAGAGGCCAAA